ACCGUUUUCCUGUCAAUUUUCAGUUCACACAUACACUCUCUCAGGAUAUUUCCUCACUACGCCAGCUUAAUUACACACACAUACACACUGUAUGAUCAAUAAUUAUAUGCUAUCAUGGUAGGAUACUGUCCGAUCUGUGGAAAGCCUGUCUACUUUGGUGAGAAGAAGAGGUCCCUGGGGAGAGACUACCACCCUCUAUGUCUGAAGUGUCAAAAGUGCAACAGACAGCUCACAGCCGGACAACAUGCGGAGUAUGACGAGAAGCCGUACUGUUCACACUGCUACCUGAGAAUGUUUGGUCCGAGAGGUAACAGGUGACUGGUGUCGCCGUGGCACAGUGUAUCCCCCCCAGGAACCAGAUGAAUGACAGACAUCGAUAUGUUCACACUAGUUGACUAUCCAUUAUGCAUCAACCAAAUUUAGUAUUUGUUCAUGUGUUAUAACCACUUCAUGCCAUGCGUAUGUGAUGUGUAUAUGUGUUUACUUUUAUUAAAUCAUCUAAUAAGCUUCA